GACGUUGAUCAUACACUGGGUUCACUGUAUCGCCUGGGUGGACAGUAUAGUUACUUCAGGAAUAAUUGGAAUAAAAAAAUACGGAGGAUUCGUGUAAAUAGAGACGUCGCUUCAGUGUAAUUAAUGAACGCGUCGUAAUUAAGACGGCUCGUGUUUGAAGCAAGUGGUGGCAGACCUAUUUUCGAUUUUUAUCAGCAAUAUUUCAGGGAGAGAAACGUUGCCCUUCUUGCCACAUCGGCUGCAGAAAAAGUUUAUUUCUGCUGAACUGAACGGAUGAACUGACGACCUCGUCGACCUCUCACCUUUUUUUGCAGUUCCCAUUCUUGUCGUGAAAAGGAGACGACCACGUUGCCUCGCCACACCUGGGCAGAGAAAUGCACGUGUGUGCGCUUCCUCUCAUAAAUGACAGUGUGAGUGUUUUUGGGCUGAAGUAAGAGGUAGAGGUCUGUUCUUCGUCUCUCCCCGAGGCACCUCGCUGCUUGACUGACUCCAACAUUUGUGUCCACAACUGCAAAGCAUCAUGGGUAGGAAAAAGAUUCAGAUCCAACGGAUCACUGACGAAAGGAACAAGCAGGUGACAUUCACAAAGCGAAAGUUUGGCUUGAUGAAGAAAGCCUACGAGCUGAGUGUGCUGUGUGACUGCGAGAUUGCCCUGAUCAUCUUCAACCAUGCAAACAAGCUGUUCCAGUACGCCAGCACGGACAUGGACAAGGUCCUGCUGAAGUACACAGAGUACAACGAGCCUCACGAGAGUCGGACCAAUGCCGAUAUCAUUGAGACUUUGAGAAAGAAAGGCUUCAACGGUUGUGACAGUCCAGAGCCUGAUGGUGAAGACUCGAUCGACCAAAGUCCUCUUAACGAUGACAAGUACCGUAAGACCACAGAGGACCUGGAUGUUCUCUUCAAACGCUACGGACAGUCGACAGCUCCGCCCCAGACGUUCUCCAUGCCAGUCACCGUCCAGGCGUCCAGUCAAAGCACACUGCAAUUCAGUAACCCUGGUAACGCACUGGUAACUACCUCCUAUGUAACAUCAUCAUCGCUUACGGAUACCCACCUCCUGUCACCACAGCAACCAGCUCUUCAGAGAAAUACAGUGUCUCCUGGGUUACCGCAGCGACCAGCGAGCGCAGGUGCUCUUCUUGGAGGUGACCUGAAUAAUUCAAAUGGAGGAUGCCCAAGUCCAGUCCCUAAUGGAUACACCAGUGCCAGGGCCUCCCCAGGCCUCCUCACCGUUUCCAACGGCAACAGUCUGGGGAAAGUAGUUCCAGCCAAGUCUCCACCCCCACCUCCCAGCCCCCAGAUGGUCAACAGCCGCAAGCCAGACCUCCGAGUCAUCACCUCACAGGGUGGAAAGAGCCUCAUGCAGAUGACAGAGGAUGAGCUGGAGUUGGUAAACGAGAAUGCUCAGCGGCUGGCAGCUGGAGCCCAGGUGGCACAAACGCUCACCACACCGGUGGUUUCUGUAGCCACGCCGAGCCUCCUGGCACAGGGGCUGCCCUUCUCUGCCAUGCCCACAGCAUACAACACAGAGUACCAGCUGACCAGUGCUGACAUCACCGCUCUACAUGCUCUGGCAUCACCUGCUGCCUUGUUGCCAACUAGUGUGUCCACGUGGCAACAGCAGCAGGCUCUUUCCCAGCAAUCGCAGCAGCAGCAACAGCAGCAGCAGCAGCAAACACAGCAGCAGCAGCAACUUUGUCUUGCAUCACUCAGCAACUUGGUCAUGUGGGGAGUGGACAAACAGUGCAGCGAGCUGUCUAGCCAGGUGUCCAGUCUGGCUGCCAAUUUGAGUGUUGGUUCUCCAUCCAACCUGCUCUUGGGUAGAGAUGAGUGGUUGGGCCGGCCGGUGACACAAUUACCUCAAGGUGCCAUGCUGACUGUCAACACAAACUCCGGCGUGAGCAUCAAGUCAGAACCUGUCUCGCCCGGCCGGGAUCGCAGCACCCCUUGUCCUCCUCCUUCCUCCGCUACUCCGUCCUCAACUUCAGGAGGAGCCAUUUUGACCGCUCCGCCACAGUACCCCAGCUCCCUGCUGUGCCUGGAGCCUCCGACCGGCCGCUCACCCGCAGACAGCGUCAGCAGCAACGCCAGUUCCUUUGAGGGCAGUGAUCGAGACGAUGUUGGCACAGCUGGUGGAGGUGGCGCAGGUGGAGGUGGCGGCAGCGCGGGCGGAACUACAGGACCCGCAAACCGGUCUGUGCCGCCUGACUUCAGCCCGUCGGCCGAGCUCCUCAGGGUGUCAAACGAAUCAGAGCAAGAGGGAGGAAACAUUAAGCGCAUGAGAUUGGACGCCUGGGUCACAUAGAAGCGCCAGCACCGCCUCGCUGCUGCAUCCCCACGUGAAGUUAUGGUGACACUUAAACACCCACAACACACACACACACCCCUCCACACUCAUCCUUGAACCCCCACUGCCCCAACCCUGCACUGCCACGUGACACUAUCAUCAUACAUCUGCCUCUUUCUGAAACUGUACCACUCAGCUGCGUCACUCGGACUUAUGAAAAAGUAAAAAAAUAAUGAAAAUUCUUUGGGGUGGCGCUCUGAGUGAGGGGAGAACUGUUUAGUGCUCAGCCGGAUAUUUAGGCUCCUUCAGUCGAGGGACAGUAGAUUUUAAAGCCUUCUUGCUUGAGUGGACGCCCGUAUAGUCAUUUCUUUUUUGUAGAAACAAGGUGUUCAGUCUUUCAGUCUGACAAAACCAUGAAAUAUCCCUCUUUCACAUGGUUUCUGCAUAAUCUUCAUGUAUUCACAUCUAGAUCUGCUGCGUCAUUCACAUUGAGAGUGGUGGAGUUUCUGUAUUAUGGGACUUAUGCUGUAAGACUCGCCACUUCCUGCUCUUUAAGUCCAUGUGGAUCGUGUGUGUGCUGUCCAUUCUUCCAGAAGUCACCUCCAAACUGCACUAUUUGAAAAAAAAAAAAAAACUUAAUUUGGACAUAUUUGAGGACUGAGCAUCUUUCAGACACUAAACAGACUCAAGCAGGGUCUUUAUUUUAGGGUUUCUAAUUCACCCAGACGGUUCCCGAGCCCUCUUGUGGCAUUCUGCGGCUGUGGAGACGAGCACUUUGCCAGAGUGCCAAUAUCAACCUCUCUUUAGGAAGAAAAAAAAGCCAAAUGCCUCUUGGGACACUGACGACGGAUCACUCAUAAAAAAUGGUGAGAUACCAGAAACCGUCUCUGCUUUUCAGGCUUUGAAUAUGUCGUGACCCCUCCCGUCCUCUCACCUCAUCUCCUCUGGAACUCGGGUGGGAAUCAUCGCACCAGAAAUCCCACCGGUCACUUGACUUUAUUACCAGGAGUAGAUGCCAUCCAGUUAAAAGCAUAGUGUGUUUUUUGAGCCUGCAGUGGCUUUUUUGAGGUAGAGAAGUAUUUGGUUCUUUCAGUCCAAGUGUUCUUUAUCUGUUGGUAUUUUAAAAAUCUGUUUUGAAGGUCUGUUAGUCGUCCAGAAGUAGGAAUUCUGACUUUGUAUAAAAAUCACUCCUUAUACAAAAAGCUUUGAUGUCCUCUUUAGCUCUCUCUAGCUCUCCUUAGCUCUUUGCCGUGUUUCAAAAAGUGAAAGGAAAAAGACAUUUUCUAUAUUUCUACCGCUUCAGUUGGCGACAAAGUACAAUAGCUUUUCAGCUUCAACAACGUGUAUGUACAUAUAAAUAUAUUUGCAUAGACUUUGCUAGGUAUCCCUAAAAACAAGCAAUGUGUUGAUUCUCAGUGGAUCUGUUUGCAUAUACGAGUGUGACUAUGAUAAUGUUUUGAGCUACAGUGCAGGGGUUACACCACACGAGGUAGUGCUGGUGGAUCAGACUUGUUUUGGUAAAACUAUUUAAUGCUUGUGUUGAUGGUGUGUGCACUUUGUCUCUCACUCACAGAAGCCUGCUCGGUUGUGGUGUCAUCAUAUUCUCCUACCACACCUUUUUAAACAAAAAAAAACACACACAAAAAAACAAAUAAACACCAUCAGUAAAGCUCGUCCACCUUUUCAUGAACUCAUCAUUACGACACUGCCAUUCACUUACGUAGAGUACUUAGAUAAUACACACAUUCUAAUUGACAGAAUCAUCUUCAAUAUUUUCCACGUUAAGAAAACACAGUUUAUGCCUUUUUUCACUUUCUACAAGUGCUGUGUUUGUGGUUACAUUGUAUAUUUUCUAUUGUCUGCACCAUUUCAGGUUUGUGUAUGAGUGUGUGUGCGUGCGUGUGUGUACACAGGUUGUUUAUGCAUAGAAGCAGAAAGCCUCUUUUUUCCCCCUGACGAGCUGACGCUCUCAGUGCAGACUGGUGCACCAGCUGAUGUUUGUUGACUGUUGAUAAUCUACUUAAAGCAAUGCUACACUUGGGUCUGUGUGGGUGAGACGGCAGCUUUAUUAAAUGCUGCUGUUUGGUGCAAGAACUCUCAGCUCACAGCGCCGAGUGUGAAACCAGUGUUUGACACAGAGGCUGUUUGUGUUCGACUGCCUACAAAAAAAAAACAGAAGAAAAAUCACCGUGCUGUGCGACCUUUUCACGUAGACGAAUCCACAUCUAUUAGCAGAGGUUUUGCUCUUUUCCACGAUCUGCUUAUUUUAUUCCGUCCAUCGCUCGGCCACGUGGCGUUUUACUCGGCUAAUUUCAGGUCGUUUGUGUUUUCUUUAAAUAAAAUCAGCACUGGAAACAAUUUCACCACCGCAACAACAACAAUAAUGAAAAAUAUGUUCAUCAUCAAAGGAAUCAUUUUGGAAACUUUUCCCAGAGUUUGAUGAGAAGAUUCAUGUCAGUCAUCUGCGUGCAUUCAAUUUGGAUAAAGUGUUUCUGCUUCCACAUAGAGCAUCUCUGAAUCCUCCUCUAAUGCAGCGCUUAGACUGAAAUGUGAACAUUUUACUACAAAUUUAAUUAAAAAGGAGAAAAUAGGAGCAUUUAUCCAUUUAUCCACAUCCAUUACGGUGUCAAGCUCAACACUUGAGGGCUAAAAUUUACAAUUCUGGUGAAAUCUUCAAUGAAUUCUUCACAUAAAUAAACAGAAGUAGUCGUGAUGUUUUUUGUUUUAUCGUCACGAUACACUUCAUGUAUGUCAUGAUUUAUGAAGACUCUGUUUACAAGGCACUUUGGAACAAUUCUUUUAGAUGCCACUUUAAAAGUAUUUUUUCUUCAUCCUGACCUUCUACAUACAGUAUGUUUACCAAUUUUCGUGCAUUGGCCCCUCCCACAUCCAGUUUUCGACACACAUUCCCCAGAACCGCUUUCAGACGUAAUUUUUCUCAAAAAUCCAUGCGUUUUUGGGCAUGGGAAAGGCCUCGGACCCUAAUAAAAACUAAAACUAGUCCCAAACUAUUAUAACCUUAAUGAGCACUUAGGACGGUCAUAAUCUUAUCAUCUAACUCUGAGAGUGCUACAUUGAAUAAAGACGUGUCACUGCUCCCUUUGACAGAUGAUGAUCUCAGUCAUUUCCAUAUUUACACAACAGAAGUGAAUCAGCGUGUGAAAUGCUCGUUGUUUGUGGGCGUCGACAGUGGACUCCACACUGAUUGGCUGUGGCCUCCCUGCGUGACGACGCGGGCACGUUCAUGUACAAUACGACAUACGGUUCUCUGUCCAAUCUGUAGUCACGAGACAAUCUAUAUGAGAAAGGAAAACCUGGACCCAGUUACUUGUCGUGUACAAUGUUUUUUAGAAUUUCACUAUUUUUGAAUUAAUUUGUGCUGGUGACAGUUCCAUUGUCUAAUUAUUAUAAUGAUAUUAUUAUGGAGCUUUUUUUAUUUUAUUGCUAUUUUGUGUAGAAUAGCCAACUGUUUUGUUUCCUCUCUAUGACUUCACCUUUAUCAUAAACAUAUUAGUACUGGUUUCCUUUUCUCCAAACAACUUGCUGACAGUUGCACGAUGAGUUCUUGUGGUAUUAGCAAAUGCAAUGAAGGAAGGAAAUACCAGUUAAAUGCUGCAAUUUUAAUUAAGAUAUAGAAUAUAUUUAUAAAAAAAAAAAACAGGAAACAACGGAAAUUUAGUAAAUCAUGAAAUUUGAAAAAUGUAAAUGCAUGGGAUUAUCGGUAACAGACGUCGUGUUACGUACAGUAAUGAUACAAGGACAUGCAUCACAAAUGAGUUCUGAAACGACUCAGAAUAAUGUAGCAUAUGAAAUACUAAAGAUGAAAUUUAUAGCUAAUAUAUUGUGUUGAGCUAGUCUGCUUUGGGUUUUGUUGUAAAGAAAAAAUACUUCUUUUUGUCGUUUUUUGAGAAUGAUAUACAGUUUGUGUAUAUUUUCAUAUACAAAGUAUGCACUGAUAUGUUAUUGAAAUUCUAUACCGCUUUUACAAAAAGUGUUUGUUGUACCAAAGUAUCCAAGUCCCUUGAAACCUUAUCCUUUUUGCGUAUGUUUUACCGUAUUUUAUAUAUUAAAUAGACAAACUGAGUGAAAUAAACUUG